UCUACACUGUUCACGUGGUAUUGUGGAACACAAACGUGAAACAAAUCGUAAUACACAGAUAGUUUGAUAUUUAACCACCUCGUCAAAGUAGGACGUCAGAGCGCAUGCGUUAAUAGCUAAAACCGAGGAGGAGUGACUCAUCUUGACUGAGACGAUCUUUGCUUGAGAAAAUGGCGACGGAGGACAUGCUGGCUUCUCUGGGGGUGGAAGGCGCAACUUCAGCUGCGCAUGCGCUCUCUCUGCCCGCAGAAGCCUACGGAAAUGACUCUCGAGUGGAAGCCAUGUGGGCGAUGAAGGCGUACAAUCACGCAGAGGUUUACUUCAAUCUUAUUUCAUCUGUGGACCCAAAGUUCCUGAAACUGACGAAGGUCGACGACAAAAUCUACUCGUCCUUCAGAGAGACCUUCAAAGAGCUCGACAUAAAAGUGCUGAACCAGGACGAUCUGAAAUCUAAUGAAGCCAAAGAGAGGUGGCGUCCGUUCUGUAACCAGUUUGAAGGCGUGGUCCAGGAUUUUAACUAUGGCACGUUACUGCGUCUGGACUGCGAGAAAGAUUACACAGAGGAAAAUACCAUGUUUGCCACCAGGAUCCAGUUCUUCGCCGUGGAGAUCGCCCGAAACAGAGAAGGUCACAACGACGUUGUGUUCAAGUCCAAAAGUGGGAAGAGUUAACGGUCAAGUGAACCAGCGAUGAUCCAACACACACAGCAGCGCCCCCUGCUGGAACAACAGAAAUAUGAACUGAUGAACAUUAGUAUUUAAAUUUCAUAAAAAACAUUUGUUAAAGUUUUUUUUAUUUUGUCUUUCUUGAACAUCAUCAUCUCUGCAGUUCGUUUUUGUGCCAAGGUUUUUUUUUUUCAUGUCUUAACCGAAUUUAUGUGUUUGAAAACAAAUAAAGAGUCCGAUUUUACCUGAUCA